CUCUGUUCAUCUUGUCAGGGGAGCUUGAGGUUGAAUCUGUGUGCUCGCUCUGUUGAAUUCUUGAUAGUGCUGUUCUUGGUUGAGCUCUUUCUUGAAUGUGUUGUAGAAUUGGUGUUGAUUUUUCCCCCUUUUUUGUUUCCUGGUUGGAUCUGAGUGGUUUUGUUUCUUGUUGAUGGAGCUUUUUUUUGGAUUGCUGUGAUGUCACUUUGGCAGGAAUUAUCCUUCCUGUUGAUUUUCUGAGCUCGCAGAGAAAUGGGGAUGCCUUUCGAUGAUUGUAAACAGAAAGGCCAAUUUUUUGAGCUUCGAUUUAGUAAAAUUUUUGUAAAGAUUCAUACUCGAAGUUUUCCGGUCAAGAAAUGCUAAACAGAGGAAUCCAAGCUGCUGCAUUGACGGCGGAGGAGACAGCGGCGGCGAGGAGAUCGGAGGCAAUGGCGGAGGAGGCGGCGGCGGCCGGCGGGUGGUAUUGGUGCCACAUGUGCGCCUCGGCGGUGAGCGCCGUCGCGGCGGCGGAGGGGGAGGCGGAGAUCAAGUGCCCGUACUGCCAAAGCGGCUUCCUCGAGGAGAUGGAGACCGCCCGCGGCGCGGCCGCCGUUGACGGCGGUGGCAGCGCGGACGGGACGGACUCCGGCGCCGGCAGCGCGAUCUCGGUCUGGGCCCCCGUCAUCGACGGCAUGGUUGGCGGCGACCCCGUCCGCCGCCGCCGCAGCCGGCGGCACGCGGACGCCAGCACCGGCGGCGGCUACCACCGCGAGCUGGACCAUUUGGUUCAUUUCGACUUCUCCGAGCGCCGGCGGCGCACCGCCGCGCUGCUGCUGCUCCUGCAGGAGUUCCGAGAGCGCCAGCUCCAGCGCCUGGAGUCCGCCGCCGCCGCCGCCGCAGCAGCCUCCUCCGCCGGCAGCGGCGGCGGCGGAAGCUUGGACGGGGAGGGCAUGGCGCUGGCCGACUACUUCCUCGGCCCCGGCCUGGACGCCCUGAUGCAGCGGCUGGGCGACGGCGACGCGGGCCGCCAGGGCACGCUGCCGGCCAAGAAGGAGGCCAUCGAUGCGAUGCCGACCGUGGAGGUGACGGCGCCCGGCGACGACUCCGCGGCCGCCUCCGCCUGCGCCGUCUGCCUCGAGGACUACGCCGUCGGCGAGCGCGCCAUGGAGAUGCCCUGCAGGCACAGGUUCCACGGCAAGUGCAUCGUGCCGUGGCUGGAGAUGCACAGCUCGUGCCCCGUCUGCCGUUUCCAGCUCCCCACCGACGACGACCCCAAGGCCGCGUGCGGCGGCAGCGGCGACCACGCCGGCGCCGUCAUCAGCUACACCAAUGCCGAAGACUCCGCGGACGCCGGAGCCAACGCGAGCAGGUUGCCGGCGGCGAUACAACGGCUCAGCAGCCUCUUCUCCUCCCAGCCACAGCCUGGCCCGUCGCCCUCGCCGUCGUCGUCGUCUGCUGCACCGGCGUCGACUUCCGGCACCAGCUCGCAGCAUAGUGAUGACUGAUGACUGACCGAUGAUCGUCGCCGCCGGCGAUGGUCGCUUGCUGCUCCGGCGGCGGAGCUCAUGGUUGCCACCUACCUCAAUGUACAUAAAGGAGUUUGUCGCUGUUGGCUGGGUUUGAUUGGUGCCAUGAAUUUUCAUUUUUCUUGUCAUGUUUAUUAUGCUCGUGAUUUAAUCUUGUCACAUAUUUCGUGAUUUAACACAAUUAUUAUGCUCGCUGGAAUCACAUAUUAGUAGUUUCUGUUUACAAGAUGGUUGCAGUCUGAAAUGCCUCAUUUGAUGCUGUGCUGACUGCAAUUAGUUAAAAAUAUACUAACACUGUUUGAAAAUAGAUCUCAUUAAGUUCAAAUUUUGUAGGA